AUGCAGGCACUCUGGCUUUUACCUCGGGUAAAAAUACCCUUAAGAUGUCUCUCUUCUGUCUCAGCCUCACUUACAACCAUGUCCCAAGAAACAGCCCAUUCGCACUCCCUCGCUGACCCAGAAGCUUUCUGGUCCCAUCACGCGACGAGGCUCCACUGGCAUACACAGCCCUCGCGAGCUUUGACUAAACAGACCAAGACCCUCUCCAGUGGCACCCACCAAUCCUGGUCCUGGUUCCCAGAUGGACACAUCUCCACAACAUACAAUUGCGUCGAUCGCCACGUCCAAGCCGGCCAUGGAGACAAUGUCGCCAUCAUCUGGGAAUCCCCCGUGACAAACACCACCCAGAAAUACACCUAUGCCCAACUUCUCGAUGAAGUCGAAGUUCUCGCAGGCGUCUUGAGAGAGGAGGGCGUCAAGCGCGGUGACGUGGUCAUCAUCUACAUGCCAAUGAUCCCCGCUGCGCUGAUCGCCUGCCUAGCAAUAACCCGACUCGGCGCCAUCCACGCCGCCGUCUUCGGUGGUUUCGCCCCGGCGGCCCUGGCGCAGCGCAUCGAUGCCGCUCGCCCCCGCGCCAUCAUGACUGCCUCCUGUGGCAUUGAGGGGUCCAAAGGUCCGAUUUCAUACAGACCCCUCAUCGAAAAGGCAGUGGAAUUGGCCUCCUUCAAGCCCUCCAAGGUCCUCAUCUGGCAGCGUGACCAGCUCCGCUGGAACCACCCUGACAAGCGCGGCGGGCAACGUAAUUGGCAGAGACUAGUCAAGAGUGCACGGAUGCGCGGUGUCAAGGCUGACGCAGUGCCGAUCAAAAGCAGCGACGGCCUCUAUAUUAUCUACACUAGUGGUACAACCGGACUACCCAAAGGCGUCCUCCGCGAAGCGGGUGGCCACGCCGUCGGCCUGGAACUAUCGAUUAGAUCUCUAUUCGAUAUCAAAGGGCCUGGAGAUACGAUGUUCUGCGCCUCAGAUAUCGGCUGGGUAGUUGGGCAUUCGUAUAUUCUGUACGCGCCUCUACUUGUCGGCGCCACGACGGUUCUCUUCGAGGGAAAACCCGUCGGCACGCCUGAUGCAGGCACGUUCUGGCGAAUCGUCGAAAAACAUAACGUCAAUGCCCUUUUCACAGCUCCCACUGCUAUGCGUGCUAUCAGGAAAGAUGAUCCUGACAACUCACUUAUUGGACAAGUGGGCCAGCGAAAUGGAUUGAGAUCCUUGCGUGCGCUGUUCUUAGCAGGUGAGCGCAGCGAACCUAGCAUCGUCCGUGCCUAUCAAGAUCUACUAGGUAAAUACGCCGCUCCUGGAGCGCAGGUCGUGGAUAACUGGUGGUCAUCUGAAUCCGGAUCUCCAAUCUCAGGGCUAGCUUUGAACAGCAAUGCUGCAGUCGUAGGCCAGGCGAAGAAGACACCACCUCUACCCACACGACCUGGAUCAGCAGGACUGCCAAUGCCAGGAUUCGACGUCCGCGUCGUUGACGACGAGGGUGCCGAAGUGGCCCGCGGCACGAUGGGAAAUAUAGUCAUGGCACCACCGCUUGCCCCAUCAGCAUUCACAACCCUCUUCCAAGACGAAGAGCGGUUCUACCGCGGCUAUCUGAUGCGGUUCUCGGGUCGCUGGAUCGACACCGGAGACGCAGGAAUGAUCGAUGAGGAUGGGUAUGUGCAUAUCAUGUCGCGGAGCGACGAUAUAAUCAACGUUGCAGCCCAUCGUUUCAGUACUGGCUCAAUCGAACAAGCUAUCCUCUCACACCCAUCUAUUAGCGAAGCCAGCGUCGUCGGAAUCCCAGAUCCACUAAAGGGUCAUCUCCCAUUUGCGUUUGUCCAUCUGCACCCGAGUCAUGGGGACGCGCCGCAGGAAUUAUUCAAUGAAGUUAAUUCUCUUGUUCGGGAACAGAUUGGGGCUAUUGCUUCGCUGGGUGGGAUGAUUCAGGGACGGGGCAUGAUUCCGAAGACGAGGAGUGGGAAGACGCUGAGGCGGGUUUUGAGGGAGUUGGUGGAGUUUGCUGUUGUGGGGGAGUUUGAGAGGGAGGUUAGUGUUCCGCCUACUGUUGAGGAUUUGGAUGUUGUUCUUGUUGCUAGGGAGAGGGUUAGGGAGUAUUUCUUGGGGAGGAAGGCGAAGCUUUAG